CCGCCGCGAGCGGGAGGCCGCGGGCCGGGCGGGCUCAGGCCGGGAGCCGUGCGGCGGGGUCGGUGGGCAGGGCCCCGGCCGCGGCCUGGCCGCUCGCUCGGGCCGGCUGUGGCGGUGAGCUCCCGGCUGCGGCUGUGCGGCCGCUGUGAGACCGCAGGGAAUCGGAACAGACCCGGGGGAACAUUUUGGUUAAAGGAUUUGUGUGAAAUGGUUUUCAUAUGCUGAACUCCAGCUUGGAUUGCCUCGUGGCUGCACGUUGAGAACUUUGUAAAAAGCGGGAAGUCAAGAUGAAGAGCAGGGUGACACAAGUAAAUCAUGGUUCCAGUCAUGACAGGAGGGAAAACCACAGUUCCCGACAUGACAGUUUGUCUCCAGAGGACAGGGAUAUGGAGCGUGAUAGGUCUCGGUCUCGAUCGCCCAGGAAGAGGAGGUACUCUGAUGACAGCAGAUAUGAUGAGGAAUAUUCAAGACGGGAAUACUAUGAUGACAGAACUUCAGAUGGAAGGAUGGAGAGGGGGAGAGACAGGCACUAUGAGAGAUGGGAGGACAGAGACUACGAUCGAAGGAAGCAGAGACGGUACUCGUCACCUGAGCGCAGGAGUCCGGAGAGGUCGACAGGCCAGAGCUCACUUGCUCAUGAUGAGACCACCUCAAAGAAGAAGAAAGAAGAGGUGGAUCCAAUCCUCACUCGCACAGGUGGCGCAUAUAUUCCACCUGCCAAGCUCAGGAUGAUGCAAGAGCAAAUUACUGAUAAAAAUAGCUUGGCAUACCAGAGGAUGAGUUGGGAAGCCUUGAAGAAGUCGAUCAAUGGUCUUGUCAACAAAGUGAAUGUUUCUAAUAUAGAAAACAUCAUUCACGAGCUCCUUCAGGAGAAUAUUGUUCGGGGAAGGGGAUUGCUGUCUAGAUCCAUUUUGCAAGCUCAGAGUGCCUCUCCGAUUUUUACUCACGUUUAUGCAGCUCUUGUGGCAAUCAUCAAUUCCAAGUUUCCGAAUAUCGGUGAAUUGAUCCUCAAGAGGCUGAUACUGAAUUUUCGUAAAGGGUAUCGCAGAAAUGACAAGCAACUCUGUCUAACGUCUUCGAAAUUUGUUGCACAUUUGAUGAAUCAGAAUGUGGCUCAUGAGGUUUUAUGUUUGGAAAUGCUCACUUUGCUGCUUGAAAGGCCUACUGAUGACAGUAUUGAAGUAGCAAUUGGAUUUAUUAAAGAGAGCGGGCUCAAAUUAACAGAAGUUUCUCCUAGAGGUAUUAAUGCAAUCUUUGAUCGCCUUCGACACAUUCUGCACGAAUCCAAAAUCGAUAUGCGCGUUCAGUACAUGAUAGAAGUCAUGUUUGCUGUACGCAAGGAUGGCUUCAAGGAUCAUCCAAUCAUUCCAGAGGGAUUAGAUCUCGUGGAAGAGGAGGAUCAGUUUACUCAUAUGUUGCCAUUGGAAGAUGACUACAACCCAGAGGAUGUUCUUAAUGUUUUCAAGAUGGAUCCGAACUUUAUGGAAAAUGAAGAGAAAUACAAAAUGCUGAAGAAAGAAAUUCUUGAUGAAGGUGACACUGAAUCUGAAGGAAAUCAAGAAGCUGGAAGUAGUGAAGAAGAUGAAGACGAUGAUGAAGAGGAGGAUGAGGAUGGUCAGAAAGUUACUGUCCAUGACAAAACAGAAAUUAACCUGGUCUCCUUCCGUCGUACAAUUUAUCUGGCUAUUCAGUCAAGCUUAGACUUUGAAGAAUGUGCUCACAAACUGCUGAAGAUGGACUUCCCUGAAAGUCAGACUAAAGAACUCUGCAAUAUGAUACUUGACUGCUGUGCUCAGCAAAGAACAUAUGAGAAAUUCUUUGGGCUACUGGCAGGGCGUUUCUGCAUGCUCAAGAAAGAAUACAUGGAGUCCUUUGAAGCCAUUUUCAAGGAGCAGUACGAUACCAUUCAUCGGCUGGAAACCAACAAACUGAGGAAUGUGGCCAAGAUGUUUGCUCAUCUCCUGUACACUGAUUCAAUUCCCUGGAGUGUCCUUGAAUGUAUAAUACUGAGUGAAGAAACUACCACAUCCUCCAGUAGAAUUUUUGUCAAAAUAUUCUUUCAGGAACUCAGUGAAUAUAUGGGACUUCCAAAUUUAAAUGCGAGAUUAAAAGAUGUGACACUGCAGCCUUUCUUUGAGGGGUUGUUGCCUCGGGAUAACCCAAGGAACACUCGCUUUGCCAUCAAUUUCUUCACUUCCAUUGGCCUUGGAGGACUAACGGAUGAAUUACGGGAACAUCUUAAAAAUGCACCAAAGUUGAUCAUGACCCAGAAGCAAAAUGUUGAGUCGUCAGAUUCCUCCUCAUCUUCAGACACAGACUCUUCCUCAGAUUCUGAUUCCGACAGCAGCAGUAGUAGCUCAGACUCUUCGAGCAGCAGUGACUCCUCAUCUAGCAGUGACAGCAGCAGUGACUCAGAUGUUUCUAAAGCCAAAAGGAAGAGAACGCAAAAGAAAAAUAGAGAAUCUGAUAAAGUUUCCAGGAAAAAACAAGAAAGGAGAAGGAAAUCGCUUGAAAAGAAAAUUGGAAGGAGGCAGCAAGAGGAAAGAAGUGAUACUGAGAGCAAAUCAGAAAGAAAUCACCAACAUUUAAGAGAAUCACAUAGGAGAGAUGAUGUUUCAAAGUACCACCACAGAAAUGAAUCCAACGGCAGAGAUGGUUACCACAGCGGAAAGGAUAGGAACCAUGAAAGAAGUAAGGAUCCAGAAAAUAAACACAGUAAUUCCAAACUGAAGAAAGCAGAAAGAAGAGCUUCUCUGUCUGAUGAUGAAAAUUACAGACGUAGGAAUAAAGACGAUGGACAUCGUAGUAGUAGGAAAAGAGAGAGAUCCAAGUCCCGCGAGAGGGAGCGUGGCCGCUGCAGCCCCCGGGAGCGGGAGCAGGAGGAGCACUUCAGGAACGGCUCGGAGAGGCAGCGGGACAGGCACAGCCGGUACCCUGAGCAGCACAGGGAGUCCCGCAGGAGCCACGACAGGCACAGGGAGAGCCCUCCUCACCGCUCCCCUCACCGCAGGGAGAGGGAGGGCUCCCUGCACCGCAGGGAGAGCCCCCCACACCAUAGGGAGAGGGAGGGCUCCCCUCACCGCAGGGAUAGCCCUCCACAGCGCUCCCCUCACCGCAGGGAGAGGGAGAGUCCCCCACACCGCAGGGAGAGGGAGGGCUCCCCUCACCGCAGGGAGAGCCCUCCACAGAGCUCCUCUCACCGCAGGGAGAGCCCCCCACACCGUAGGGAGAGGGUGGGCUCCCCUCAACGCAGGGAGAGGGAGGGCUCCCCUCAACGCAGGGAUAGCGCUCCACAGCGCUCCCCUCACCGCAGGGAUAGGGAGAGCCCCCCACACCGCAGGGAUAGGGAGAGCCCCCCACACCGCAGGGAGAGGGAGGGCUCCCCUCACCGCAGGGAGAGCCCUCCACAGCGCUCUCCUCACCGCAGGGAGGGCUCCCCACACCACUCCCCAUAUCGCAGAGAGAGCCCCCCUGACCACUCCCCACACCACAGGGAGAGGGACAGCUCCCCUCACCACAGGGACAGCCCCCCUCACCGCUCCCCUCGCCGCAGGGAGAAGGACAGCUCCCCUCGCCACAGGCAGGGCUCCCCGCACCGCAGGGAGAGGGACAGUUCCCCUCACCGCUCCCCUCGCCGUAGGGAGGGCUCCCCACACCGCCAGGACGGCUCCCCUCACCGCUCCCCACACCGCAGGGAGAGGGACAGCUCCCCUCGCCGCAGGGAGGGCUCCCCUCACUGUUCCCCUCGCCGCUCCCCUCGCCGCAGGGAGGGCUCCCCGCACCACAGGGAGAGGGACAGCUCCCCUCACCGCAGGGAGAGGGACAGCUCCCCUCACCGCUCCCCACACCGCAGGGAGAAGGACAGCUCCCCUCACCGCAGGGAGGGCUCCCCUCACCGCUCCCCUCGCCGUAGGGAGAGGGACAGCUCCCCUCACCGCUCCCCUCGCCGCAGGGAGGGCUCCCCACACCGGCGGAAAUGAACCCAGCCCCCUCGGCGAUCAAGGUGCAUUUCCAAGCUGGUAGAACUGUAUUUUAAAAUCUAUUCCUGAAGUUUCUUUGAAAAGAAGAUUUUGUACAAAGUGAUAGUUUGCAUUUGUAAAUUUUACCAGACUUUUUUCAAAUUUUCAGUAACACUUUUUUUAUAACUGUAUCAUUGAAUCUUUCUGUUAUGUUCUUUGUUUGGAAAGACAAAGCUCUUUUAUUUUGUGAAUAAAACAGUAAGAUACCAGCAAAUUGGGUAUUUUGUCACUUAGUUUCAAAUAUUUCUAAUUGUAACUUCACAAUCUAAAAACCUGUUGGUUUUUAACUCCACUUGUUAUUUGAAAUCCAGAUGCUGAGGCUGGGGUGAUAAUGUAAGAAUUUCAGACUACAAUGUGAAUAUUACGUGAGAAAGUGAUAAAAUUUUCAAACAGACAUUCUAUAUCUGCAUGUUCUUUCAACCUUGCAAGCAUGAGAGCCUUUUGACCAAAAUCUUCAGGAAAUACUCAGUUGAUUUUUUUCUUCAAGACUUAAAAUUUGAAAACACAAUGUUGCUGUUUUAAAUGUCACAUGUGAAAGUGUGUCAGCUUGUUCUGUGACUUUUCACAACGUUUUUUAAUAUUGUGACAUCCUGAGCUAGUUUCACUUGUGAUCUUUUUGGAAAAAGGGUUGGUUUGGUUUUUACUUUUUCUGUUGUGACUUUGAUUUCCAAGUCUUAAUCUUCAACUCUAUCCGUACAGCUGGAACAUUUAAGGAACCUCUUUUCCAGUUUAUAAAAAACAAGAAAGCAAAACAGGAGAUGUUUCUAAUUUUUUAGGUGUUUUGAAGUUAUCAAGUUUUUUGGAAGCAGAGUUCAGAAAAAACAACCCUCAGUUUACUGCACCAUUUUAUGAUAUAAAAAUGUUCUGUUUGGGGCCAUGGGGUACAACUCUGUCUUGAUUUCAUGAGAAAUGAAUCAAAAUCAUCUGAUUAAGACUAAUUCUCAAUAGUAAGUUACAGAAAAAUUUGAAGUUUUUUUCAAUCUUCAGGAUUGAAAUAGGAAAUAGUGUGGGGGCAUGGUCAAUAGGAAAGAGGUGGUAGUUGCAAAUUAUGCAGUUAUUGUUGCUGUAUGACUUUUCUAUUUGUGAAAUUAACACAAUUGCUGGACAAAAGAGAACUUUCAUAUUUCAUAUGUGAAUCAUAUUUCCUGUAUAAAGCAUAAGAAAUACAUUUGAGCUGUUUUAUAACAGAAAAUAGAACCAU